CGGUGGCUUUAGCGGAUGAGGCGGGGCGAGAGCCGGCCGGCGCCGAGAGGCGGGUCCGGGAGGCCGGGGCACGGUGGCGGGACGCGGCGCUCGGCUCCCACGGCUGCUGGGCGGCCGACAAGCGCGGGCCUGGCGGAGCGCGGCCACGCAAGGAGACCUCGCGGCGAUCGGGGCCAGCUGGGCCCCCGGCGGCGCGCUCCUCGGUCCGGCCGGGAGCCGCGCCCGUCGGAGGCCCUGGCCGAGGGCCGCCAGCCGGCCUCUCGUCGUCCAUCGCUGAGGAGUGCAGCCAGUGGACAUGACCGACCCACCCGGGGCGCCGCCUCCGGCGCUGCCAGGCCGCGGAUGAAGAAGAAAGCCCGUACCCGCUCGGCCCGGAGCGAGGAGACACCGCGAAACGAGGAGGCUCCUCAGGUGGAAGGGGUGCCCCCGGCUGAGGAGGUGCCGCCGCCGGCCGAGGACGUGAUCCCGAACGAGGUGACCCAGGCAGAGGAGCUGACCGGGACCGAGGAAAUGGCGGCAGCCGGGCUCUGCGUGACCGUCACCCACAGCAAUGAGAAGCAUGACCUUCACGUUAUCCCCCAGCAUGGCAGCAGCGAGCCAAUCGUCCAAGACCUGGCCCAGGUUGUUGAAGAGGCCAUAGGGGUUCCACUGCCUUUGCAGAAACUCAUAUUUAAGGGAAAAUCUCUGAAGGAAAUGGAGACACCAUUGUCAGCCCUUGGAAUACAAGAUGGUUGCCGGAUCAUGUUAAUUGGGGAAAAGAACUGUCCAGAGGAAGAGGUUGAACUAAAGAAGUUGAAAGAUUUGGAGAAGUCUGUGGAGAAGAUAGCUAGCCAACUUGAAGAGCUGAAUAAAGAACUUAGUGGCAUCCAACAGGGUUUUCUGGCCAAGGAUUUGCAAGCAGAAGCUCUCAGCAAGCUUGACAGGCGAGUAAAAGGCACCAUUGAGCAUUUUAUGAAGAUUUUAGAGGAGAUUGACACUCUGAUCCUGCCAGAAAAUUUCAAAGACAGUAGACUGAAAAGGAAGGGUUUGGUGAAAAAGAUUCAGGCAUUCCUGGCUGAAUGUGACUUGGUGGAACAAAAUAUCUGCGAGGAGACAGAGCGACUCCAGUCUACAAACUUGGCCUUGGCCAACUGAUGUGCCAUGAAGAGAAGCUAUGCUGCCCUGAAGAACGGUGUCACCAACUUCUUGGCCAGGGUCUCUCUGGGCUGCCAGGGGCAAUUGGCCAACUGCUGGAUUUCCCCCUCCUACAGCAAUUCUCUGAAAAAGUAUUGUCUUUGCCACCUGACGUUAGUGCUACUGUCUGUUUUCUCUGCCCUGUGUGGCCGUGCUGUAUAGCAGCCCACCUUUUCUGGAAAGGACACCCUCUGCCCAAGCUUCCCUAGCUCUGUAACUUUCAGGUGCCUUCUUUGGGCUGGAGAGAGCUUGUUUGCCCUGGGUGAGUUCCAGAUGUAUGGGCUGCCUUGGCCUUCAGGUACACAAGAGUUUUCUUGCCAUAGUGAUCCCACAAUCUCAUAGGUGUAAACCAGAAUCACCAGAUGGCUGGAUCCAUUCAGGAAUGCUGAGUGGCUUGGGAUAGGUGUUUGCCACACAGACAAUCCAGAUAUCCCCCUAUGUAACCCAACUCCUGAGCAUCUGGCUGAGUUGUUGGCUUAUAGACUCUGCCCAGCCCCGGGGCCGUGAUGUUAGGGCCAUCCUGUAGAGGACUUGAGAUAUACAGAUUUUCCUGUCCCUAAGCAAACCUUCAGCAGAGGGUGAGAACCCAGUGCAGGCUGAAGCCAGGCCACAGCUGUAGUUUAGCAAGUGCUGAAGGAGGGACCCAAAUAGAGUAAAGCAGGUGGCCCAGGCCGAGGCAGAGCUCAGGAGCGACACAUUUCCUUCAAAGGCAUUUC